UUUUUGUUUCCAGCAGUAUGGGACAACUCAGUUGUGAAAUUACUGAAAGCUGAAUACAAAAGGCGCUCUCUGUUAAGACCCCUUCUUUGGGACAACACCAUCGAGUUACCCCUAGAGAAUGUCUACACGAGACUCAAAAUCGUUUCACGACGAAAAUUGGCCAUCCAGGUCAAAGACGAUAAGGUGAAUGCUUUCAACAUCUUCAAAGCUCCCUUUAAAGGUAAGGAUGUCAUGACGCUAACUGACGUCUUGGACGAAAAUAGAGCAAAUGUGUUCGGCAGCUUCACUGUUCCCGAUAAAAUUGAGGAUGUCGUGUCGCCAGCAGAAGGGGGAAACGCAGACGUCCUAAGAGAACAUGACGAGGUCAACGUAUUUGAAAUCUUCAAGACCCUUGAAAAAGGUGAGGAUGUUAUGACCCUAGUAGAAGGAAGUCCAGGAAUCGGUAAAACUACGUUUUGCCUCAAACUUGCUUAUGACUGGGCACGUGGAAAAAUCCCAACGGAGUGUACCUUUCCCAAAUUUGAAUUUGUAUUGCUCCUCAAAUGUCGUGACAUUGAUGGAAAUAUCAUGGACACCAUAAGGGAACAACUUCUGCCCAGAGAUAUCAACAAGGAGACUGUGGAGAAAUUGUUGCACUUCAUGGAGGACAUUCAUAACCAAGAGAACAUUUUAAUCAUUUUGGAUGGUUUGGAUGAGCUGCCUAAAAAAUCCCAGCGUCAUGUGGAUGAGCUGCUUCACCGAAGAAUUUUACCUUUCUGUUAUGUUUUGGCUACUUCGCGACAAGAAAGAGGUAUUGAUGUACGAAAGAGAUUUGUCUUUGACAUUCAUUUGGAGAUCAAAGGAUUCACAGAAGGCGAUGCUUUUGAAUAUAUCAGAAAACAUUUCGCAAAUAUUGGUCGAGGACAUUCACCAAAGGGAGAGAGACUCAUAACAGAAAUAAAAGACAACGAGUUUUUGCAUGCUCUCCGAAGCAACCCCCUUAAUUUACUCCUUCUCUGUAUAAUCUAUGAGGAUUAUGAGGGAAAGCUGCCAUCAUCCCGUUCUAGGCUUUAUCAAGUUAUUGUCCUUUGCCUUUUAAGACGAUACUGCGCUAAACACAACCUGCAAGCCCCCGAAGGUGACGACGACCUAGAGAGGUAUUUUGAGAAGGACAUACUUGCACUAGGAGAGCUAGCUUGGAUGUGCCUGCUGAGUGAUCGUCAUGGUUUCCAUGAAAAUGAAUUAGCAGAGCUUGAAAGAAGAUACAAAGGAUUGGUAUCCCGUCACAUAGGCCUAGUUUACAAGGAAGAAAGUCUGAAGAGGUUAAAACCUCAACAUGAGUACUACUUUCUUCACAAAACCUUCCAAGAGUACUUGGCUGCGGCAUAUGUUGCGCACAAAUUGCGAAGAAAUCAAUUGAAUUUGUUUGAACGUUUAAGCUUUGAUGAUUUGGUGCAUAAAUAUCGUCAAGUGUUUCUUUUUGUGUCUGGUAUACUGGGGAUGGAAGCCAGCGUUCUAUUCGCCCAGAUAGGUGAAGAGCUGAAGAACCGGGGAGGAUGGAACUGGAGCGAGUGCAGGGUCCUGAACACGCGUGAUAUUGCUGGUAUUGCUGUUUUUCCUCGUCGGGGUGUACUUUUAAACCCUGGUUUAGCAACAGCAACUUUUCUUACUGAAAGCUUCAAUGAAAGUGGAUAUGCUGAAAAAAUGGUAGAUACUCUUUGUUCCCAUGUACCCUUCCCACAGCAAGUUGAAGCUGACUUCUCCAGUGAGGAGACGUGCAAUAUAUUUCACGUUUUAGAGGCAUGCAAAAGCUUUCGUAAUUUACCAAAGCCAGUUAAACUUACGGUUCGUGCUGAAAGGCAAGAUAUAUGGCGAUAUCAGAGUAUUGCGGGGUACAUACAAUCCUGCCCAAAGACACAGAAACUUAGCCUUUUUACCCCUGUAGUUACAUUAGACCUAGCCAAGGCGCUACGCGACGGCCUAUUUGGAAACACGACUUUAUCAGAGUUUACCCUACAAAUUUCUGACAGCAUCCCUUGCAAUGCAGCUGUUUUAAUCGGUGAAUUGUUGGCUGCACGCAGAUCCUUGAGAAAAGUAACGUUUCAACUUGACAGAGUGUGGGAUGAGAAUUGGGCCAGUGCUAUUGAACCAGCUUUGUUUGCGGACACUCCUUUGAAUUCUGUGGACCUCCAGGUUCGUGAAUCAUUGAGUGAUACUGCGGUCCAUGGUUUAGGAAAGCUUUUAUCAAAUAAAGCUUUGGCCUCAUUUUCCCUUAAUAUCUCUGGAGAUGUGCAGGAAUUUGUAAUUGAUGUUAUUAGCAGAGGAAUUGCGCAACAAACCGCCCUCAAGUCAUUGGCUUUCAGCAUUGACGGCAACCUUAGUCUCUCUGGUGUGAAUGCUCUUCAAAACAGUCUUCUAGAAAAUCGUUCUUUAAGUGACUUAGCAUUGACUCUCCGUGGGGAGAUUCCUGACAACUGGCAGUCUGUUGUGGAAAAUCUUUGUUCGGUAAAGAAGGGAUCAGUUAUCUGUACUUUUCAUCCAGACCCGGGCAGCAGUGUUACAUGUAAUCAAGUGGUACAUUUUCGUCCUGCUAUGGUCGAGAGGGGGUUAGAAACAAAACAACACUUUACUGUAGUUCUUUGGGGAGAGUUGAAGUGUGGUGGAGCAGAAGAUUUAUGUAAGAUCUUGGUGCAUGUUCCCCUGACAAGCCUGGCUCUGAAAGUGCAUGGAAAAUUAAGUGAUAGUGUUGCUAAUAUUAUUAAAAGAUAUAUCGGACAACAAAAUACACUAUCUUCCCUGACAAUUGAUACUUGGAGAAAGUUGGCCCCGGGGACAAGAACCCUACUUCAGGAACUAUCAGAUAAAAAUGUAACUGUUCAAGUAAAAGAGCAUGGCGUCUCUGUUGUUCCUAAGGAAGCGUGUAAUGCUCUUGAUGUCUGUAUUGACAAUCCUGCAUCGUUGACACCAAUGUUCUCUGAAGUUAAGAAUACCAGAAAGGAGAGGAUCAAUCUUAAAAUAAUUAACCACGAUGAAGUAAUUAGUGACUGGCCACGUCUGCUAGGUGAUGCUUUGGCAGAAAACACAUCGCUUACUACGCUGGAUCUUACAGUGAUCAACUACACACUGAAUCCAGGAAUAGGGAAAGACCUCGGGGAUAGUUUGCUGCGAAGUUCUUCAUUGACAGUUUUAAGUCUUACAAUCAGAAACUACAGUAACAUGGGAGAAGGCUGGGAAUGCACGUUGGUCAACACCUUGGCUAAAAUGGCAUCAUUAACUACACUUAGUCUCUCAAUUGACGAUCUUGGCAAGGUGAGGAAAUUUGAAGAAGAUUUGAUGCCAGUGAGGUCCUUGUCUACACUUUCCGUUGUAAUCAACAGUGGUAAGUUAACUGACUUUUGGGUUAAAUUUCUGAGAAAAUGUUUGGAGGAAUGCAAUUCACUAAAUAAACUCUGCCUUACAAGCAACACCUACCGCGAUUCAAGAGAAAUGUCCCUGACCUUCGCGCAUAUUGAAAGUCUCAUGUUUGGACUGGCAGGUACCACAUCAUUAAAGGAACUAAACAUGACAAUUAACAGCAUUACCUUUACUGAUUCCUCGAUAACCUCCUUCACUGAUUAUGAAUACUUGAACUUUGCAGUGUGGGUUCGUUCUCUGAAAAGGGGUUUAGCGAAAAACAAGUCAUUAACUACACUCAUUCUGACAGUAAAUGACUACACUGAAGCUGAGAAGCAUGGCGAUUGGUCUCAUCUAUUGAGACAGGAAAUGUUUCCAGAAAACUCGUCAUUGACUGAACUCAAUCUGACAGUCAACAUCCGCAGUGAAGUAAGUGAAGACUGGUUACCAAUUUUUUGUGACUAUUUA